GACAAUUUGUUAGCAUCUUAAUAGCUAGCAAACAAAUUACUCUGCACGUGCUAAGUGCCAUGUGAAGAAGGCAACACAUGUGUAACUUGUAUCUCAUAAUUCUGACUUUUUAUUUUGUAAUUUCGAGACAAAUGUGUUUUAGAACCACUUGUCAAACGACUGUGAACGCCACAGUUGAUUCAGCACUGGUGUCCCCAUCCAGUCCGGUCUUAACACAAAAACAUUCCUCUUGGAGUCCCCGAGCGCUCUUGUUGACUUACAACAUUUACUUUGGCGCCACCAAAAGAGAUACUUCACUCUCCCGCAGUCACUGAAAAACAGGAAAAACACAAAAAGCCAGGCCGAAGCAGUCAUUUUUCUUUUUUCCAAACUUCACUUCAGAGAGAGGGGAACAGCAUGUUCUCAGCUGGACAAUUGCCUCAAUACCUAAUUUCUCAUGGGGAAAUGUUGACGCUUUUCAUGAUCUCAUCAAGAUCAUAGUUUACACUUUGCCAGUGAGGUGUUCUGGAGAAGUGAUUGGCAACUAGUGGGUUGCAGAUAGCUUGUCAAAAAACACAUGUAACCCACAUCCACAAACGGUUAGCCAUUGUUCUUCAGCUUCAUUAAAGUUUGUAAGCUAAAUAAAUGUUGGUUUUCAACCAUCCAUCUAUUUUCUAUGCUACAUGUCCUCAUUGGGGUCGCAAGUGAGCUGGAGCCAAUAUCAACCGACUUUUAGGGUUAAGAGGCGGGGUACUCUGUGGACUGAUCACCAGUCGAACAAAUCCUUCACGCACAUUCAAACCGAUGGGCAAUCUCGUGUCUCCAUUUAAGCGAACAUGCAUGUUUUCGUGGAAGCCGGAGUACCCAAAGAAAGCCUAACAUGCUAACCACUAGGCCUUGGUUUCACUGUGUCUGGUUUUCAGCCAAUAACUAUUGAUUAGUUGCUUACAUAAAGCAUUUUCAAUAAAUUGGCUAAAUUAACUGAAAGCCUUUCAGAAGACACAUUCAUAGAUGUUAAUGAUUAUAUAUACAGUAUAGUCUACACUGGUUACUUGGUGUCAGUAAUAUUACUGUAAUGUUUGGUGGGACAUAUGAACACCAGAUUUGAUCGCCAGAACAACAGGCUUUUAUUGCAGACUUGACUUAUCUCACAACAGGCACGCAUGGGCAUGGGCAACUGUUGCGGGCAAGCUUAAACUUAACUCUGAAUCCCCAACGUCGCUUCCAGUCCUUCCCUCACUCAUCACUGUGCUCUCGCCAGGAAAGGUGCAUUAAUGCCGGACAAUAAUACGCCGCUGUGAGUCCACGGAGGACAGAGAACCACAGCGUUGGCCAGGAGAAGCCACCCGCUCUCGCGGGGAAUGGUGCACUAAUGUCUCCUAACUACUUUUUAAUUAGCCCUCCACAGGCUUUAUUCAUUUAAUAUCAACUCCGAUAGCCACAAAAUUACAAGUGGGGUUCAGCAGUCGUCCGGAAGUAUGGCACUUAGGAGUGCUAGUGAUUGUGAUCACAGCAGAGUGGGCAUGCUCUGAGGCGGACUGUUUUGGAAAUCCAAGGAAAUACAGCUGGAAUAUGAGUUUUCUAUGCGGGUUAUUGUGUGUAGCUGCUCUAUAGGAGUCCACAAUACAAUACAAAGGGCCGAAAAAUGGCCAUUAUAGGUACAGUUUAACUAAAUGAAUAGUGGGUCAAGAAGGGGGGGUGAGGUAGCUCCUUUUGGGCUAACACUCUGGAUGAUUUUGCAGUUUUAGACUUGAACAGGGAACUGCACUUUUUUUUUUAUUAUUUUGCUCAUCAUUCACAAUCCUUAUGUGAAACAUGAACACAGAUUUAUUAAAUUUCUGUGCAUUAUCACACCAGAAAACGAGUUCAUAUGAGCUAGAAUGUCACUGUAGCUACUGAAGAGAGUAAUUAUUGAAUGUAACAAUCUGUGUCUUAUGAUGUACUGCAAACUACAAGCACAUUGUUGAGAAUAUUUUUCUUUCAAUUGUGACCUAACGAGCAUUAUUAUCUUUAUAAAGACAGAAUUCCCAGUACGUCCAAUCUGAUUCACAUCCGCAACGCUUCACUUUCCAGUGUGACCCUCUCUUUUUGCUUGGGCCAAAUGAGGAAACAUGACUGUUAUCUGGCUUUUUGAAGGGGGCGGGAGUGUGCUGAGGAGAUGAGAGGGUAGUGGGCACUCAGACACAAGUAGUUCCUGUCUGUUUUCUACAUGUUCUUUAUCAGAGCUGAGGAACAUGCUGUAAGUACAGCUGGUCGGAACAAGAUGAUGGUGACUGGUGCAUCAGAGGGAAUAGGAAGAGAAUACGCCUUGGCGUACCUAACCGUGACAGAUGACUUGAUUAUCAACCCCAUCUGUACUUUCCACUGGUCCACCAUGUCAUCAGUUGGCUGAACAAGGGAUGAAUGUGGUCAUCAUGAGCCGAACCAAAGCGACUCUGGACCAGCUGGCCAAGGAAAUAGGUAACACUACAGGUCGUGAGGUUAAAGUGCUGGUGACAGACUUCACUAUGGACAAUAUCUUCAGCGACAUUGAGGAGCAGCUGAAGGACCUCAACAUCGGAGUAUUAGUUAAUAAUGUAGGCAUACUGCCCAGUGUAGUCCCCUGCAGAUUCCUCGAAAACGCAGAUUUGGAUCAGGUCAGCGGUGUCCCAGAUAUGUCCCAGAUGCAUAACUUUCUGAAUAAUGUAUACAGACUGUACAAUUUUCAAACUGAGCAAUCCCUGUGUAUCUUUCAGGCAAUUACAAGAGUGAUAAACUGCAAUGUGAAAACGAUGGUUAAGAUGUGCAAAACAAUCCUUCCAGGCAUGGAAAACAGGGGAAGAGGGGUGAUCGUAAACGUUUCCUCCGGAAUCGCCUCCAUUCCCUUCCCUAUGUACUCACUGUACGCUGCAUCCAAGAUAUUCGUGGAGAGAUUUUCUCAAGGUCUUCAGGCAGAAUACAAAAAAAACGGGAUUAUAAUACAGGCAGUCGCCCCCUUCGGGGUCUCCACUCGAAUGAAUGGUUACCAGUCAACAAACGUGGUCACUUUGUCCCCACGUGACUUUGUGAAGAGCUCCCUGCAGUACCUCAGAGCUGGAGACAGAACAUACGGCAGCAUCAGUCACACGUUCCUGGGCUGGCUACUCCAGUCUACCCCACUUAAGAUUGUCUACGCAGAGGCUGUGCUGAACGGCCUGCAGGAGUUUGUGGCGAGGAAACUAGCACAGAAGAGAUCUAUGUCAGCUUUAAGUGCAGCUUAAUCACAUGUCCAAGCUUUAUCCAGCAUCUUUUUCCAGUACAACAACAAUAUGCCAACUUCUAUAUGUAUCAAGAAAAAAAUGCAUCUCAGCUUUGUGAUAUAAUGGAAACAAUAUUAGAAGCAUCAACUUUGGCUAUUUUGUCCCAAUUUUUGCUGUUUUUUAUUUUAAUUUUCCAAAUGUCUCCUUCAAUAAUGUCCAUAAAUUUUCUUUUUGUGAUUUUAUGACUUUGUUCGCACAAUAUUUUGAAUUCACACUUUAAAAACGUAAAACGUAAACAUCAACAUCACUUGAUACCGACUUCCCCAAGGUUUUCUUUCACUUGUUGGAAUAACUCCGUAUUGACAGUUUUUCGUGUGUCCAGUCUUGAAAUUUAGUUUGAAUCAAAAACAAACUUUGCUUAGUCCAGUGCCGAUUGCUUGCCUCCCUUUUUAAAAGUGAAGAACGUCUGGAUCUGCGUGUUACGUUAUAUCUGAGCAUGCGCUGAAAGAACGCACCCGGGAUAAAUUUAAACAGGAAAAGCUCAAAUUCAAUCUUGCUAAUAUUUUAUAAUUAAACUCAGGACAUGUUUUAUAUAGAUAUAUAUUUUCUUUUUUAAUAAAACUGCACUUGUGAAUAAAGUAUAGAAGGGUUUAGAUUCUGUUUCACAGAUGGCGCUAAUGCACACGAAAGCUGCUUGCCAACCGCCAACAGAAGAAGAAAAACACCACGAAGAAGAACGCACCCUGACAACUUUUCGUUUGAGCGGAUACAAGAUCCCUCAAUCGGAUUGGUUAAAGGAAUAUUCCAUCCCUGUUCAAUUCUUUCCGUUUGAGCAAAUAAACCAAAUGCAAUUGGAAUAUUUGGGUCCAUAUAUUCAUGGCUAUUGACAUAAUAUUAGCAAAUGAUGAUUAAUAAAUGUUAAUUAUAAAAAGUGAUAUUGGAUAAUUCCUCACGGCACACCUGACGGUUUCUCAAGGUACACUAGUGUGCCGCGGCACAGUGGUUGAAAAUCACUGGUAUAGCGAUUGUACAGCAUGAUCUAUUCUGAAGGCCACCAGAGGGCGCUAAAGUCCAGGGCUUGGCUGAUUGUUGAUGGAUACUAUUAAUUAUUUAUUUGUAAGUACAUGCCCCACAUUACUUUAGAAACUCAUAUAUCAUUGUUUAAAUUAGUGGACCAUUAUAUGAUCAAAUAUACUGUAUAUGCAUACAUACAAUAUGUAAUAAAUGACAUGUUCCCCAAACCUUUCUUUACACCCAUCUUCUAUCCUAUGUACAUUGUGAAAUUAUUAGUUGUAGGUGACAUGGCGAUUACAUGUAACGGUGAGGUAGAGUGAGGAUAAAAUUAAUCUUGGAUUGUUUUUCUUGACUGAUGAUUGAUCAUGAAUAUUGGAGAAAAAACUAAACCAAAAACCAAGGAAUGGUUGACCCAAUUCCUGUCAAUAUUCCUGACAGGAAUAUUAUGGUAUUAUUGAAUGGCUCUGAUAAGAACUGUAGUAAAAUACACACACAGUGUCUGCUACGUAGAUGUUGUACAUGAAGUAUUGGUACUGCUAUCUUCAAAAUCAUGAGGUGUCCAACCAUCACAACUGUUAUCACUGACAUGAAUGUUUUGUGCGUGCGAGUGAUUGAACACUGCAAAAAAUAAA